UAGGACGCUGGUUUUAUGAGAAGGCCCAGGCUCCGCCCCCUCAGCCCGACCGGCUUCAUUCCAGCAGUGGCGGCUAACGCAGGCUCCUCCUCGUCGCCCGCUUCAAAAAGACUUUCCACUCCCCGCAAAAGUCGCCGGGUCGUCCUCGCACCGCUGUCCGUGGAAAGAGCCACACGGAGGAGGGAGAAGUUUGGACCACCACCACCACCACUACUACGACUCACCGGACCGCCGUCCCCGCCCUUCCUCUCCUCUCUUCCCCGGGCUGAAACCCACAUUUUUUUUGCUUACAUCCCCGCCGCCCUUCUGGACAAAAAGGACCGUCAUCCACGCCGCAUCAUGACCCGCAGAUCGUGUGCCAUUUACGCCACCGGCAUCGUGUGCGCCCACCUCCUCAUCGUGGGGAUCGCCUUGGUGGUGGCUCAAGUCUUCCAGACCACCAUCCACAACCGCCUGAAGAAGGAAAUCACCCUGACCGAGAAAAGCCAAAUGUUUGAGUCCUGGAAGAAUCCUCCUCCGCCCGUUUACAUGGAGUACUACUUUUUCAACGUGACCAACCCUCAAGUGUUCUUAGCGGGCGGCAAGGCCGCCGUCCAGCAGAUCGGACCCUACACCUACAGAGAGUACAGGCCGAGGGAAAACGUCACUUUCCUGGAGAACGGCACCAAAGUUUACGCCCUCAACCCCAAAACGUUUGUCUUCGUGCCAGAGAAAUCGGUCGGCGACCCCGAGGUGGACAUCCUCAGGACCAUCAACAUCCCGUUAGUGGUCGUCAUGAACGAGCUGAACUCCUACUCGUUUUUCCUGCGCACCAUCAUCUCCAUGUACAUCAAAAGUCUGGGCGCCGAGCUGUUCACCACGCGCACCGUGCACGAGUACCUGUGGGGCUUCAAGGACCCCAUCCUCACCAAGAUCCACUCCCUCCGACCGGAGGUGGACGAAUACUUCGGGCUGAUGUGGAAGAAAAACGGAACCCAUGAAGGGGAGUUUGUGUUCAACACCGGCGAGCAGGACUACUUGGAAUACGGCAAGAUCGACACGUGGAACGGCCUGCGGGAGAUGACGUUUUGGUCCUCCAAUCAGAGCAACAUGAUCAACGGCACGGACGGCGCCGUCUUCCACCCCCUCAUAAACAGGAACGAGCUCCUGUACAUCUUUGCCGCCGAUCUCUGCAGGUCCAUCCACUUGGCGUACGUGAAGGACGUGGAGGUGAAGGGCAUCCAGGCGUACCGCUUCGCGCCCCCCGAGGACGUGCUCAUGAGCCCUGACAACAACCCGGCUAACGAGGGCUUUUGCGUGCCAGCCGGAGAAUGUCUCGGCACCGGCGUGCUGAAAGUCAGCGUUUGUCGGCAAGGCGCUCCCAUCGUGGUGUCCUUCCCGCACUUCUACCAGGCCGACCCCAAGUACAUCAACGCCAUCGAAGGGCUCAGUCCCAACAAGGAGGAACACGAGACCUACCUGGAUCUGCAACCGACCACCGGUGUUCCCAUUCGCGCUUGCAAGCGAGCUCAGCUCAAUGUCAUCGUGAAAAGAGUGACGGGAUUCCCUGAAACCAAGAUGAUCAAUGAGACCAUUUUCCCCAUCAUGUACGUGAACGAGACGGCGACGGUGGACGACGACUCGGCGGCUCAGAUGAGAACGCUGCUCUUAAUCGUCACCCUGGUGUCCAACUUCCCCUUGCUCAUCGUAGGCCUGGGCAUCAUCCUGCUGCUGGUGCUGGUCGUCUUAUUCUGCCGAAACCGCCAGAAGAAGAACGAAGUAAAACGUAUUGAUUUUACUGAGGCUUUUCAUUCUUUUGCUACGGCCAAAGACGAGACGGCUUACACGCAAGUCAGCGACAAGACGGACGAGUCGCCGGACGCGCCGGCCAGCCAGCCGGUGAGGAACGGCUCGUACAUCGCCAUGUCUCCAGUGGAGGCCCAGAAGUGUUGAUACAGGAUCCUCGCCAACAACCAACCCACCCCCCCCUCUUGACCCCAAACCCCUCCCCCCCAGCCUGGCACAUAGGAAGGGGGCUGGAGGGAUCAGUGCACAGCAGGGGGGUUUGGGGGGGGGUCAACAAAGGACAGCGCUCCUCUCCCUGAGCCCUCCUAGGACGGCUUAUUGCGUCAUCCCCUCCUCUUCCUCUCUUGGUUGACUCCCAAGAUGAAGGACUCGACCAGGACAAGCCUUUUUUUGUACCCCCCUAACAGGUAGCAUAGGUGUCUCCAUUCCUACACGGACGCAGAACUUAUUAGGAACCUCUGAGCCAAACCUUGUUUCCUCCGCACACAAGCGCCCCCUGCUGUGUGUGUGUUUAAUCCAACACUAGACGCAUUUCAGUUUUUUGUAAGCUCCACAAGAACUAAAGAAGGGAGACCUGCUUCCUGCCUUACCACCAUAUCUCAUGACACUAACGUCGCACGCCAACACUGUUACUCAAGCACAAGACGGACUCCCGGCAGUCCUCCGUCGGAAGCUACCAGGUCUCCUUUUUUUCCCCCCCCCUACCUUUUUGGAUGAGUUCCAAGACGCUGUGGAGCGCCACCCGGUGUUACUGUGCAGCACUUGAAUCACUCUUGGUGUCUUACACUGCGUCCCGCUUAAGACCGUACCGCCAAAAAAAAAAAAAAAAAAAUCAACAACACCCGCAACGACAAACAUCCCUGCACUUUUUGCCUGGAAAAUGUGCCCUAUUGUAUUUUUUUUUUGUGUGUCACGUCUACUUUGUGGUCCACGCGUUGAAAACAUUUCAGAGUCUUCUUUUUCAUGUUUGUUAUUGCUGCUAGUGUGGCCAUAACCUGUGAGAGUGCUGUUCACACCAGUCUUAAGUCCCUCAUUUCAUCCUGUUUUUUUGUGUAGGCGAGCUAUUUCCUCAACGGCCUGGACGAGCUGAAACACGUCAGUCUUAAGAUUUUGUGCCACGGGUCAGUUUAAACUCUUACUUCACAAAGGGCCUUUUUGUUCACUCUUUCUCACCAGUAGAGGUUCCGUUCGUACUACUCGUUCGGUAAAUUUCCGGUUUUGUUACCUUUUUCCGAUCGCACAUUUUUUCAUCGUUACACCGGAGUGACGUUUCGGUCGACCAUUUCAAGUUAAACAAAACGGUUCUGUCGAGUUAGAUCCUUCAACUCGCACCCGACAGAAACGGCAACAUAUACGUACGUCAAAGAACUGUACCGAACGAUUUGAUGGACACAAGCAAAUCGGGUUAAUUCGCACAAAUUCCCCUUUGUAAUCUACGAUAUUUUUAGAUGUUAAAAAAUCUCAUCGUAAUGCAAUAUUUUUAAGUGGUGCUUUUUUCGUCAAAACCAAUUAACGAGCAUAUCAUGUUGUUCCCAUUCCGAUCAUUACAGAAGUGAGGAUUCUGUCGAUCCUACAAAAUCGAGUUAAAUCCUCCGACUGGGAAGUUCUCAGCCUUUAUGACUUAGCCCAAGCUCUUUUGAUGAAUUUUCCAGUUUUGUUACCUUUUCCGAUCGCACAUUUUCAUCGUUACACCGGAGUGACAAUUCUGUCGAUCAAUGACAGUGCAACCAACUUCGGAUAAGACCUAACAGAAAACGCUAAAUAUACGUACUGUACUGUAGAGAACGUUUCCACCACGUAGGUCGCAUCGAUUAGUUCGGAUCAGAACUUUCCGUAGUAACACAGGAGGGAAGAUUCAGUCGACCAUUUCAAGGUAAACAAGAUGGUUCUGUCGAGUUAGAUCCUUCAACUCGCACCCGACAGAAACGGCAAAAUAUACGUACGUCAAAGAACUGUACCGGACCACUUGGUGGACACAAGCAACUCGGGUUAAUUCGCACAAAUUCCUCUUUGUGAUCUACGAUAUUUCUGGAUGUUGAAAAAAUUGUCUUGUUCUAAUCGUAAAACUUCAUCGUAACACUUCAUCGUAACAAGUCCGUCGACCAAAGACAGUUCAAGUGUCUAGCUCCCUCCCAACCAACUUCGGAUCAGACCUAACAGAAACCGCAAAAUAUACGUACUGUACUGUAGAGAACGUUUCCACCAAGUAGGUCGCAUCGAUUAGUUCGGAUCAGAAUUUUCCGUAGUAACACAGGAGGGAAGAUUCAGUCGACCAUUUCAAGGUAAACAAGAUGGUUCUGUCGAGUUAGAUCCUUCAACUCGCACCCGACAGAAACUGCAAAAUAUACGUACGUCAAAGAACUGUACCGGACCACUUGGUGGACACAAGCAACUCGGGUUAAUUCGCACAAAUUCCUCUUUGUGAUCUACGAUAUUUCUGGAUGUUGAAAAAAUUGUCUUGUUCUAAUCGUAAAACUUUAUCGUAACACUUCAUCGUAACAAGUACGUCGACCAAUGACAGUGCAAGUGUCUAGCUCCGCCCCAACCAACUUCGGAUAAGACCCAACUGAAACCGCAAAAUAUACGUAGUGUACUGUAGAGAACGUUUCCACCAAGUAGGUCGCAUCGAUUAGUUCGGAUCAGAACUUUCCGUAGUAACAGAAGGGAAGAUUCAGUCGACCAUUUCAAGGUAAACAGGAUGGUUCUGUCGAGUUAUAUCCUUCAACUCGCACCCGACAGAAACGGCAAAAUAUACGUACGUCAAUGAACUGUACCGAACCCCUUGGUGGACACAAGCAACUCGGGUUAAUUCGCACAAAUUCCUCUUUGUAAUCUACGAUAUUUUUAGAUGUUAAAAAAUCUCAUCGUAAUGCAAUAUUUUCAAGUGGUACUUUUUUCGUCAAAACCAAUUAACGAGCAUAACAUGUUGUUCCCAUUCCGAUCAUUACAGAAGUGAGGAUUCUGUCGAUCCUACAAAAUCGAGUUAAAUCCUCCGACUGGAAAGUUCUCAGCCUUUAUGACUGAACCCAAGUUCUUUUGAUGAAUUUUCCAGUUUUGUUACCUUUUCCGAUGGCACAUUUUCAUCGUUACACCGGAGUGACAAUUCUGUCGACCAAUGACAGUGCAACCAACUUCGGAUAAGACCUAACAGAAAACGCUAAAUAUACGUACUGUACUGUAGAGAACGUUUCCACGAAGUAGGUCGCAUCGAUUAGUUCGGAUCAGAAUUUUCCGUAGUAACACAGGAGGGAAGAUUCAGUCGACCAUUUCAAGGUAAACAAGAUGGUUCUGUCGAGUUAGAUCGUUCAACUCGCACCCGACAGAAACGGCAAAAUAUACGUACGUCAAAGAACUGUACCGGACCACUUGGUGGACACAAGCAACUCGGGUUAAUUCGCACAAAUUCCUCUUUGUGAUCUACGAUAUUUUUGGAUGUUGAAAAAAUUGUCUUGUUCUAAUCGUAAAACUUUCUCGUAACACUUCAUCGUAAAAAGUCCGUCGACCAAUGACAGUGCAAGUGUCUAGCUCCGCCCCAACCAACUUCGGAUCAGACCUAACAGAAAACGCUAAAUAUACGUACUGUAAUGUAAAGAACGUUUUCACCAAGUAGGUCGCAUUGAUUAGUUCGGAUCAGAAUUUUCCGUAGUAACACAGGAGGGAAGAUUCAGUCGACCAUUUCAAGGUAAACAAAAUGGUUCUGUCGAGUUAGAUCCUUCAACUCGCACCCGACAGAAACGGCAAAAUAUACGUACGUCAAAGAACUGUACCGAACCAUUUGGUGGACACAAGCAAAUCGGGUUAAUUCGCACAAAUUCCCCUUUGUAAUCUACGAUAUUUUUAGAAGUUAAAAAAUCUCAUCGUAAUGCAAUAUUUUUAAGUGGUGCUUUUUUCGUCAAAACCAAUUAACGAGCAUAUCAUGUUGUUCCCAUUCCGAUCAUUACAGAAGUGAGGAUUCUGUCGAUCCUACAAAAUCGAGCUAAAUCCUCCGACUGGAAAGUUCUCAGCCUUUAUGACUGAACCCAGGCUUUUUUGAUGAAUUUUCCAGUUGUGUUACCUUUUCCGAUCGCACAUUUUCAUCGUUACACCGGAGUGACAAUUCUGUCGACCAAUGACAGUGCAACCAACUUCGGAUAAGACCUAACAGAAAACGCUAAAUAUACGUACUGUACUGUAGAGAACGUUUCCACCAAGUAGGUCACAUCGAUUAGUUCGGAUCAGAAUUUUCCGUAGUAACACAGGAGGGAAGAUUCAGUCGACCAUUUCAAGGUAAACAAGAUGGUUCUGUCGAGUUAGAUCCUUCAACUCGCACCCGACAGAAACGGCAACAUAUACGUACGUCAAAGAACUGUACCAAACCAUUUGGUGGACACAAGCAACUCGGGUUAAUUCGCACAAAUUCCUCUUUUUGAUCUACGAUAUUUCUGGAUGUUGAAAAAAUUGUCUUGUUCUAAGCGUGAAAUUUCAUCGUAACAAUUCCGUUGACCAAUGACAGUGCAAGUGUGUCUAGCUCUGCCCCAACCAACUUCGGAUCAGACCUAACAAAAAAACGCAAAAUACACCUACUGUACUGUACCGAACAUUUCCACCAAGUCGGUCGGAUCAGUUAGUUCCGAUCAGACUUUCCAUUGUAGCAAGCGACACAAAAUCAUAUUGCCGUCACAUUUACCGAUCUAUUUCAACCCUUCUUGUUUGAUUCUCUACAAAGACCAAUUCACAUAUUCCGAUCAAACCUUUACAUCCCAAUACGAAAGUGACGAUUCUGUCAACCGACCCGAGGUCCUCAGUUAGUCCGUCUUUGCCUCACCAGAAGGUUACUGCAAAAUGACAGAGCAAGUGUGUCUACAAAAGAGUACUGCAAAGUGCGAUGCUUCGGAUCGGACCUAACAGAAACCGCAAAAAACACGUACUGUACUGUACCAAACGUUACCACCAAGUUUGUUAGUUCCGAUCAGACUUUCCAUCGUAACACAGGAGUGACAGUUCUGUCGACCGACGAAAGAACAGAUGUCGAUCUCGUUCUGCCCCAACCAAAGAGUACAAGUAGGAUGCUUCGGAUCAGAAGUACGGAAAGUUUCAUGUUGGAUCGGUCACUUUCGAUCAAAAUGUUAUGGUUCUGUCAACCGCAGUUUAUCUCCAACAGGAUACUCUUUGCGGGAAAUGGAUAUGCAGCGAUAAAGUUCGGAUCGGUUUUCCUGAUCAGAUUCAUCUUGCCGUCACAUUUACCGAUCUAUUUCAACCCUUUUUGUUUGAUUCUCUACCAAGACCAAUUCACACAGUCCGAUCAAACCUUUCCAUCCCAACACCAACGUGACAAUUCUGUCGACCGACCCGAGGUUCAUGUCCAUCCCGUUCUGCUCCAACUAAAAAGUACAAGUAGCAUGCUUCGAAUCAGAAGUACCGAAAGUUUCAUGUUGGAUCAGUUACUUUCGAUCAAAAUUUUACGGUUCUGUCGACCGCAGUUUAUCUCCAAUUCACAUAUUCCGAUCAAACCUUUCCAACCCAACACGAACGUGACGAUUCUGUCGACCGACCCGAGGUCCUCAGUUAGUCCGUCUUUGCCUCAAAAUGGGGAAACUUUAAACCGACUUCUUGCCACUAACGGUAGAAAAACAUUGUACGUUUUUUUUACCAAGCUCAUCUCAUCGUAAUGGACGAUACUUUUUUUUUUCGUCCAAAACAAUUAAAGAGUGUAACAUGUUCCCAUUCCGAUCUGUCGAUCCUACAAAAUCGAGCUAAAUCCUCCGACUGGAAAUUUCUGAACCCAACCUCUUUUGGUGAACUUAUUUUAUUCUUAUUUUUUUGGUGUGUACUUUUUUUUUUUUUUGGAGACGAGACCUUAAUCCCGAUCACCUGUUCACACCUGAGCCAACGCUUCUCCGUUUUUUUUUUAAGACUGACCACGGCAUUCGCUCAUUGGCUCGUGACCAAAGAUGAGCUUUUUAGCUCGCUCCCCACUUCCGUGCCACGAACCGCUCCCGCCUCGCUUUCCAAACUUCAAGACAAAAAAAAAACAAUGUUAAAGUAUUUUGCUGCGUGGACACUUUUGUGUGUGUGUGUGUGUGUGUGUACGAGAGUGUGUGUGUGUUAUGUGCCUUCUUGACAUCAAGGCCGAAAGAACACUGGCUAGUUUUUGCCUCCAAAUCUCAGUAUUAUGUCAAAUAAAAGCAAUACAAACUUGUAAAAAAAAAUAAAAAUAAAAAAUAGUAAGGGGCCACUCGAUAUUUAUCCCCCCUCCCCCACCUGAAAUUGUGAUUAUUAUUAUUAUUAUUUUUCUUUUCUUGGUGUAUAUUGUUUGUAGAUAUCCUGCUUGGGUCCAAGCCUCAUUUCACUUUUUGACCAGGAAACGAGCAAAGUUACAGGCGGACGGUGGCGGGUGGGCGUGGUCACGUGACCUCGCCCAAGGUCACGCUGGACGGUCGCUGACUAUCUUGACGCGAGCUAUGCCUGCGAGAUGAAAGAAGCCCCUCCCCCUUCCUCCUUCAGGACCAGCGGUCAUGCCAUAGCCUUCGCCCGCUUUGUAACAACAACAAGUUGUUUUUUUUGGUGUUGGAGCAAUGGCGGCGUGUGACGGCGCCCCCUGCCUGUUUUGUUUUGCUGCUGAGAAUGACAAUCUUUCCUUGUCAUGUUUUGGUGCAAAAAAAAAAAUGAUUAAAACUCCUGUUUUAGUUUUGAUAAUUUACACGGCACACACCUUUCUACUGUGCUUUUGUAAACAUUUCUAGUGUAUUUGCAAGAAAAUAAACCUUGCCGUCAAGCGCAAA